CUCCCUCCCUGUCAUGCUCUCGCAGCGUUUCCCUCCCCGCUCACUCGUGGAACCACAGAGGCAGGAGUCGCUCUGGCAGGACAGCACCGAGCUUAGCGCAGGGUUUGUUUGCGGGGUUUUUUUUUGACGAGGAUGUGCUUUUGAAGCUGACUGGAGUUGUUUGGUGCAGUUUCCUCGCUCGCUGCCGUGCUGUUUUUGUUCUGAGAAUGAAGAAGUGAAUCAUCUAUGACUGCAGUCAUGGCUGUCCAGACUGGCAUCCAGGUAUGGUUCGGCGAGAAAUUCGAUGCCCCGUUGCUGAGCCCCAGGAGCCCUCGCAGCCCAUUAGCACAGCGACACGGCCCCGGCCUCGCAGAUGUCUUCCAGUAUGACCAGUGGCUGGCAGUGCGACAUGAGGCCACCCUGGUGCCCAUGCAGGAGGAUCUGGCCAUCUGGCUCACUGGCAUGCUGGGAGAAGACGUGAGAGCAGAGUUUUUCAUGGAGGAGCUGAAUAACGGCGUGAAGCUCUGCCAGCUAAUUGGUGUGCUGCAGACUAAGAUCGCCCAGAGCUGCCCCACCGCAGUGUGCAAGCUGUUCCCCACGAGGAAGGUUGCGUGCAAGCGGGAUGCCUCCCCAGGUUCCUUCUUCGCUCGCGACAACACUGCCAACUUCCUGGCCUGGUGUCGCCACAUUGGUGUGGAGGAGACCUAUCUGUUUGAGUCCGAGGGCCUCGUGCUGCACAAAGAGCCUCGGCAGGUUUGUCUCUGUCUGCUGGAGAUCGGCCGCAUCGUCUCAAAGUACGGUGUGGAGCCUCCUGUGCUGGUGAAGCUGGAGAAGGAGAUCGAGUUGGAGGAGACCCUGCUGAUGACUGAGGAGCCGCCUCCAGCCGUCAAAACAUUCAGUGUGUGCUGUCAGCACGGCGGCCUCUACCAGCCCGGGGAGCAUGGCAUGGACGACCCGCCCUGCAACUGCUCCAACAGGGUCUCCAUUGAGUACCUGUCUGAGGGACGCUACAGACUGGGAGACAAGACCCUCUUUAUUCGGAUGCUUCAUGGUAAACACGUGAUGGUGCGUGUCGGCGGCGGCUGGGACACGCUGCGUGGUUUCCUCAUGAAGUACGACCCUCUGCGAGUGCUGCAGUUCACCACUCUGGAGCAGAAGAUCCUGGCCUUUCAGAAAGGCCCGCCCGGCCUGGGUGGUCACCAUGGCAACGCAGCUCCGCCCCCUCCUCCUGACAUGGACCCCCUCGCCGCAGUCAACAACCUUAUGUCAACCUCCUCUGCCUCCUCUUCCUCCUCCACCUCGUCGUCUUCCUCGUCCUCCGGCCUGGCCUGUAAGCCGGCGUCUGUGACCGCUGCAGGCCAGACAUGUCGGUCCUAUGCCGCCUCCCCGGCCUGCACGCCCACGUUACCCCGAAAAGGUUCUGCCACGGCGCUCAAGAAGAACCUCCAACUGACACCGUCUUCACCCAGGAAGCCCACCCAGCUGCCCCUGCCCGUUUCCACCAAAGGUUCCUCCUCUCUGCCCUCCACGCCUGUGGGAAGCUCCUCCAAACAGUCUCCCAGCUUAGGGUGUCAGGGUGUACACGUCAGUCGCAGAGCUGUGACUCCAUCCUCAUCUCCAUCAGCUGCCCCUGCAGAUCCAAGCUCCGCCUCCAAACUGAGGCUCAGACCGUCCCCACGCGGCCCCACCUCUCAGCCCAGAAGCCCCGUCUGCCCCGAGCCGUCUUCCAAAUGCCCCAAACCCUCCAGCCCCUGCACCUCCCCCACCGCCGCCUCAGUGCCUCGCCCCAUCACUGCACCAGCACGGGCACCCACCCCUAAAGAUGCCCGGCCCCCAACGGGCGCCGGCCAGCGCUCUCGCCUUGCACAACGCCGCCCCGGCUCCCCAGCCUCGCGCCUUCGUCUAGAGGCGGCCAGGCGGGUCCGGACGGCCGCAAAAGCUGCGGUGACGCCGACGCCAAAAGCAGUGACGGCAACUCCACAAACCCGGACCCCCACCUCUGUCUCCACCCCCACCUCACGGACUGCCUCCCCGGUGCUGCCAAAACCCGCCUGCUCCCAGCAGAAGAGCAGAGAAGUCACAGCCAAAGCCAAAGGGCCUCCCCCGACCAAGGCAGCUUCUACUGCUGUCCCUCCACGUGGUACUGUUGCCGUCCCUGGGCGGGUCCCGGGGGGCAACACAGGCCCUUCCCCCGCCAGCAAAACCAAUCAGAAAACACCAGUCACAGCACAGAGGGUGGUGCGAAAGCCAGCAGCCACCACUAACCACAUCAACGGGAAGUCAACCCUAAAACCUGAACCAGCUCCAGGACAAGUCCUUGCCCCUCUCAAGACCGGCCCCAACGUCCGAGCCGUGAAGACCGAGCCCGGCGUUGGCAAGAAGGUCCCACAGUGCAAGGGCAAAAACGGGGACCCUUAUUUUGAAAUGAACAGUCGGAGGAGGCAGAAGACGUAACGUGGGGACGCUCUCUGAGGACUUCACCAGAGCCAGCAGGCUGGUCACACAAAGCUUCUUACAAACCAGCACUUCUUGGAGCUGCGUCUCCUCAAACAGACGAAUCCCGUCACUAACCCGCAAACCGCUUCUCACGUUUGACCGUUUGUGUCUUCAGAUGUAUUUUUGUUUGUCUGUUUUUUUUGUAUGUUAUUUAAUAGACUUUUUCAUUUUCUUUUUUUUUUAAUCCAAAAGGGUCAAAGGUGUUUUGUGUGUCGUGUCUUCGUGGUGAUUUAACGGUCAGCUCCAUGUACAGUACAUGGUCAACACUAAAACUUGCACAAUGUUUACACGUUCACCUUCGUUACGCGUACAGCCGUUACAGAUCAUGUCGACAGACUUUUUAAAGAAAGUAUAGAUUUUAUUAGAGAAUCAUGGUCAAACACUAACCUCAUACAUUACAGGACACAGCCAUGAUUUAGUCAAAUGCACUUCUUGUUUGUACUCAUGGUGAAGCAGCGUCCAAGUUCCCUCUGACAGGUUACCAAAGUUGUGAAAUAUCUGGAGUUCAGUGACACAACUGGAACACAAAUGAUGUUUUCGGAUGAAUUCACCUCCCCGGUGAGAACGUUCUUUCCACUGGUGGAUGGUCAGAUGUGGUUUUUGUAUAAAUGAUAUCUAGGUGGAAGGUUUGCGUAGACGGCGCCUAACAAAGUGCCAUCGGGAGCAAACCUUCCUGUUGCGUGCCUUCGUCAGAAAUCUCUCGUUUCUGAGUGGCAUUAGAAUGUAUUAGAUGAUCGGGGGGUGGCAGGGGGGUUUAAUGGUUUUUACUGAUGAAAAUUGCACAGUGUGUACGAGCACUCAUGACUCCGGUUUCUCUGAGGAAAGCCAGAGUCGUAGAUGAACUACUGAUCAAACGCCUCUUUUUCUUUUAGAACAGGAAACACUCGAGGCCGUCCGGAGGCCCAAAUCAUUUUAGAGCAGAAUCUACUUGGUAUAGACUUUGUUUUUAUGUUUCUAAUGUUAAUGUGUGUCUUAAAAAAUCUAGUUUUAUAUGUGGUGUUUGUGUAUGUGAGUGCGUGUGUAUACAGUAUAUAUUAUCAGUGAGGCUUUUUUCUUUGGCACUUUACAGAAAGCGUUGGUUGUGUUUGUCACAAUUUGAAUGUUGAUUCUGUCUCGUUUUUUUUUUUGUCAAUUUGGUUUAAUAAAUGGACAAGUGUUUUAAAGCUUA